CAUUCUUCUAAGCACAAGAUUCAGAAAGGGAAAAAAAAGGUCCCCAAAGAUCAUCAUCCCAACACUUCUUCAAACCGCAAGACCUCAAAUAACUUAAACAACAUUUUCAAGAAGAAUAGAAAGAAAGAAGAGAAUGAAAGGUGCUAGAAGAGGAAAAGGACCUCCUUCAGCAGAUCUUUUAGUAUGUUUUCCAUCUAGAGCACAUUUAACCCUUAUGCCAAAACCAGUAUGUAGCCCAGCAAGACAUUCAGAUUCAAGCAAACGCCACCACAAUCAUGAUCUCAAGAAAAUUAGCACCAGAAUUGGUGGAGCUCCAGCCCAAUCUAGUCCUCUUCUUUGGGCUAAAUCCAAGAAUUCAGAGAUAAUCUCAGAGCCCACUUCACCAAAAGUCACUUGUGCAGGGCAAAUCAAGGUAAGGCCAAAACAGGGGAGUUCAUGCAAGAAUUGGCAAUCAGUGAUGGAAGAAAUAGAGAAGCUACACAACAGAAAGGCUCAAAAGAAGAAAGGUGCUAAUUGGAUGGAAGCAAUUGGAAUUAAGAAAGAUGUAAUGCAAUUCUUAACAUGUCUUCGUAACAUAAGGUUUGAGUUUCGAUGCUUCGGUUCAUUUCCAACAACAACUCAUGACAUUACUUCUGAUGACGAGGAGGAGGAGGAGGAUGAUGGAGAUGAAUUAGAACGAAGAGGAAUGAAUCAAAUAGGUAGAGAUUUAAAUGAUCGCGAAGACGAUGAUGAUGAAGAAGAAUCUUCAAAAACUGUAUUCUCCAAAUGGUUCAUGGUUUUACAAGAUGAAAAUCAGAAAACAGAGCUCACUAAAACAGAGCGCGAUAAUAAUAAUGAUGAUGAUGAUAAUGUUCCUAUUUGUGUGCCACCACCUAAUGCACUUUUACUCAUGCGUUGUCGUUCUGCUCCCCCGAAAAGCUGGCUUCAAGAAACACAACAAGUACAAAAAGAAGAAGAGGACGAGGAUGAGGAGGAGGACAAUGAAGAAGAAAAGAAAGCGAAAUCGACAAUGGAAGAAAUGGAAAACAAGAAGAAAAACGAAAACUUCGUAGUGAUGAGAUAUGGAAAUGAUUUUCACAAAUUUUCAGCAGAUAUAGCAAAGGAGACAUGGGUUGUGGGUGGUGUUAGAGAUCAAUUAUCGAAAAGUCGAAGCUGGAAAAGAUAAUUAUAUAUAUAACGCGUUACUCAUCAGUUAAGAAAUUGCAGCCUUCCAAAUAACACGAAGUUACAAAGGUUGUACAUGUGAAUCAACUCCUAAAGCAAAAUAGGCACAAGGAAAGAGCAAUAGAGCGGAUCAACCUACAAGAUCAACUAUACAAGCUCGUUGUUUUUUCUACUUACAUAAUUUUCUUCGUAUAAGAUUAUAUAUAUUUUUCUGGUGUUUGGAUUUGGUAAUUAUCUUUGAGUUUGUGUUGGUAUUCUCAACUCGAAAGAAUCGAGCUUUUGUUAUUUGAUUCUUGGGAGUGUGGAACCGUUGUGUAUACUUUGCUAAAGAAUUUUUCUUUCAAUUUUCUAUUAUUUGUGCUUUGUUGUUUCAUCAACCAAUGUAUGUAUUUUAGUGAA